AUGAUUGUGGUCUUUGGCAGCUCAAACGCCUUUGGACGCGACGUGAAUGAGAUCGAGAUGAUGGCAUUGGCCGGAACAAUCUUUGUGAUUUCUGUGCUUCUUGCUCUUGUAUACAAGCUAGCGCAAGGCUGGGAUGGCUUGGACAAGGACAAGCUUGGUGCCAGCGUGCUGCCGCUGCAUGCACCCCGAGCGACGAGUCGUUGGGUCUCUAGUCGCAAGACGCAUUUUGGACGCCUUGGCACAAUUGAGGAGAACAAAGUCUUUUUGUUUAGCUCCAAGAUGCGAUAA